UCCUGACCCAGCCCCUGAACUUUUAAAGGGCGUCGCUCCUCUCCUUUCAUUUCCACCAAGUGUGGCGCGCCCGAUGUCUCUGUCCCGGAGAUGCCCUGCUGCAGCCGCGGCUGCUCUGCGGGUCCUGGGCGCCGCUCCGGCCCGGGCCAGCCUACCCCGGCGAUGCUACUGUGUCCGCACCGCGCAGCGCCAGGGGCUGCUCUUCCGACAGCUCUUUGAAUCGGCAAGUUCCACAUAUACCUACUUGCUGGCAGAUUUGAAGACCAAGGAGGCGGUUCUGAUUGACCCAGUUCUGGAGACAGCCAAGAGGGAUUCGACACUGGUGAAGCAGCUUGGUCUGAAUUUGGUAUAUGCAGUCAACACUCACUGCCAUGCUGACCACAUCACAGGCACCGGAUUGCUGAAGAAGCUUCUCCCAGGCUGCCGGAGUGUCAUCUCCAAACAUAGUGGCGCCUCUGCUGACCUCCUAAUUCAGGAAGGGCACACCCUCAAAUUUGGGGAUUUUGCCCUGGAAGCUCAUGCCACCCCUGGGCACACGGACGGAUGCCUGACGUAUGUGCUGAAUGACAAGGGUAUGGCUUUCACUGGCGAUGCCUUGCUGAUCCGGGGCUGUGGACGGACGGACUUCCAGCAAGGCAACCCAGAGACCCUGUAUCGUUCGGUCCACGAAAAAAUCUUCACACUCCCUGGCCACUGCCUAAUCUACCCUGCCCAUGACUAUACCGGCCAGACAGUGUCCACAGUAGAGGAAGAAAAAACCCUGAAUCCUCGCCUCACCUUAUCCCAAGAGGCCUUCGUUGAACUGAUGAACAACCUGAAUCUGCCCAAGCCAAAACAAAUAGAUUUCGCGGUCCCUGCUAACCUCAAGUGUGGGGUCCAAGAUGUAGCCGCCUAGAUGAACCCUCUGACCUCCCCAAGAGGCAUCCCCUGCAGCAAUGGGAUGGUUUCAUGGCGAACAAACAAUCUCCUUACCACACUCUGAAGGAAGAUGGCAGUGAUUUCUUUGGAAAGACGCGUGUGUCCUCAGAUACACCCUAACUUGGUUUGGUUCCUGAUCCUCCUGCCUGUUGUGAUCAUCAACCUCUUAAUUCCACCUCCAUGACCUCAGUGGCCCACUUUUCUUUGUCAAUUUGCACUGGCUGGACAUUCCCAGCUCAACCAGGACCCAUGUGAUGUUUUUGUUUUCCAAGUAUGCACUGUGUCGAGAUUUCUGCCGGGCCUCAAGAUUCCUUGCCAGAAGACAAGGAAUCCUUGCACUGUGAAUGUUCUGGAAACUCGGGUUUUGUGCCUGAGAAACUCUUGUCGCUGAGAAAAAAUAAAAUGUAUUUGUUGUUA